AUGGCCCAGACAGAGUCUCUUACCACCGCCAGAGAGCAAUCCACCCAGACCGUUGAAACGCAUGCAGAUGCACCUGCAGCUGCACCAACGGGGAGCUCAAACAAAGAUACAGAUAAACCCCCGGCACCUCCAGGAAAGAAACCACGCAGCUUGUAUCGUCAUGUCGCGGCAUACCAUUCCGAGAUGCGGCACUCAAGCUUGAGUCGUGAGUCAGAUGAAACAAUUAGUUUCUUGGGCUUUCGAAAUUUGAUGGUGUUGGUGUUGGUGGCCAUGAACCUCCGUUUGAUCAUUGAAAAUUUCAUGAAGUAUGGCGUGCUCAUCUGCAUCAAAUGCCACGACUACCGAAAACAAGAUCUAGUCCUUGGGUCAAUUCUCUUCGCCCUCGUCCCUUGCCAUCUGUUCGUCGCCUAUCUGGUCGAGCUAUCCGCGGCAGCAUCUGCCAAGCAGACAGUUGGUCACCAGAAGAGGACAGCAGAAGAGAAAGAACAUGACCAGCAACGGUUUCGCUCGACCUGGCGCUAUACGGCCUUCAUCCACACCAUCAACGCCACUCUGUGUCUUGCCGUGACUAGCUUUGUAGUUUAUUUCUACAUCCACCAUCCCGGCAUUGGAACGCUGUGCCAGUUGCACGCCAUCAUCGUCUGGCUGAAGAAUUGCUCCUACGCAUUCACCAACCGAGACCUCCGGCUGGCGUUCCUGAAUCCCUCCGCGAACCCGAACCUUCCGGCCAUCUAUGCCACAUGCCCAUACCCUAGAAACAUCACUCUUAAUAACCUGGCCUACUUCUGGAUGGCUCCGACGCUAGUCUACCAACCUGUCUACCCGCGUACACCAUCCAUCCGCUGGCCCUUUGUGUUCAAGCGCCUGGGUGAAUUUGUCGUUCUGUCAGUCUUUAUUUGGCUUCUUUCAGCGCAGUAUGCAGCGCCCGUCCUACGCAACUCGAUCGAGAAGAUCGCCAUGUUGGAUAUUGCUUCGAUUCUGGAGCGCGUCAUGAAGCUAUCUACCAUCUCGUUAAUUAUCUGGCUCGCGGGAUUUUUCGCUCUCUUCCAAGCCCUGCUGAACGCACUGGCUGAAGUGAUGCGCUUCGGCGAUCGUGAGUUCUACACGGAUUGGUGGAACAGCUCCAGCUUGGGUGUUUAUUGGAGGUCCUGGAAUCGACCUGUUUACCUGUUCAUGAAACGACACGUUUUCUCUCCGCUCGUGGGCCGUGGCUGGAGUCCACUAGCCGCCAGUGGCAUGGUGUUUACCCUCUCGGCCAUUCUUCACGAAAUGCUGGUUGGAAUCCCGACUCACAACUUUAUCGGCGUUGCUUUCUUCGGCAUGAUGUUCCAACUGCCGUUGAUUAUGCUGACGGUGCCCUUCGAAAAGAAGCGUGAUCCCCUGGGAAAGACGACUGGCAAUUGCAUUUUCUGGGUCAGCUUUUGUCUGGUCGGUCAGCCAUUGGGCGCCUUGCUCUACUUCUUCGCGUGGCAGGCCAAGUACGGGAGUGUGAGUCGAGUGAACCCUUGA